AGAUGAGGGAGGGGGUGCAGGAAUAUGAGUGUAUGCAUUUUCAAGGCGGUCUUUCUGCUGCGAGGAAGGAGGAAAAAAACUGUAGUCUGACAGGAAAACGAAUGGCCAAUGAUCAAAGCAUGGAAAGGCUGUUUUAGCGGCUGCAGCUGAACGCCGCGGCUGCUGACGGAGGCUGCACGCCCACAGAUGUGUUGGAUUUUUGUAGUUAAGGUGGAAUCACCUCCGCGGCGCGCGUGAAAGAGGGAACAAGAGCGGGGAGGGGGCGGGGGUGCGUGGACCUCGCUUGGACCCACAGGCGCCCCGAUUGUGCUCCGCUCCCAUCCUUCUGGAGGUGAGGACAAAAGAAAGGAGCAAGGGGGGAAAACCGGAGGAAAGGCCCGGGAUUGUGGGUGUCGUGACGGGGGCCCCCGGAUUCUCGCCGCCGCUGGUCGGGGUCGUCUGGACUCCGAAGGCUGAGGCGGGAGCGGCGGAGCGGUCGACUCGAGGCUGGGGUUUCCUGCCACAGCUGCGGGAUUGUCACAAAACAGCCUUUCAGUCUUCGAGGGGCCUCGUAUCGCUGCGUUUUCAGAACUGAAGAGCUCUGAUCAGCCGCUCAUGGAAAACAAACUUCCACGCUUGGAUGGACUGAAAAAAAAAGCCAAAAAACAGGAACUGGAAUUGAUGGAACCUGAAGUGGACUGAAUGGAUUACAGUUGUUUCAUUCAAGUUUCCCAUGGAUUUAUUUAAACUGAAAGGAAGAAAAGAAAAAAAGCUUAAAACAUGCUGAAGAUGCCACCAAGAAAACUCUGAACACGUUGGGGGGAAAAAGGAGUAAAACUAAGCACGGACCAAAUACUUUUUGGAUGAAUCUGGAGAAACAUUUGAGCUGAUGAAGACAUCCAUGGAUUCUUUCUUAUUGGAUGUUUUAGAGAGGAUCUGCAAUCCAAACUCAGUUUUGUUUCUGGAGCUUUUGUCUCACGCUGGUGUGAGUCAAAUCCAGGGAAUCGUUCAAAUGUCGACAAACUGAAGGGUUAGUUAGCGUAGCAAAGCCGUUUACUUUUUUAUUUUAAGAUUUAGAUUAUCAACAAUUAAUUCAACCCAAUUUAAUCCUAAAAUAUCAUCUUUUGGUUGAGAUGUCACAGUGCAGUGCACCCACGUAAAGACAUUUUGGAUUCAGAGAACGGCACUGUGAUGUGGAUCAUAAUAACACCUUCUCGCCUUUUCGGAUUUUGAAAUCGGCGCUCCAGUAAGUCUCUGAAAAACCUUUUUGAAGAAGAAAACUUGUUCAACCUCAUCGUCUACAAGUUGUGCUCCAAAAAAUAUUACAUUUAUGUUCCUUUGCUUCUGUGGAUUUCAAAAGAUUUCGUGUUUUACUGCCCGGCUGUAGACUUUUUUUAUUUUUUUGUGACAGCCAUAAACUUUCCAGAUUUUGAUCGGAGUCAUUCCCACCAUCAUAUGGACACUGACGUUUUUUUUUAACCGAAACUUGGACAAAUAAUGCAAAAUUUUUCGAACAGUCCAGCUCCCCCCACCCUCCCCCCUGGUUUCAGUGGAAGAGGUGUGGGUGGACCUUCAUAUCCCCCUCAGCCGACUGAGCCCCAGAUCUCCCCGAGGAUGACAGAUGACUAUGUGGGGAUGCAGCAGCAAAGCAUGCACAGAGGCCUUCCCCACCCAGGUCAAGCUAGCCACAUGCUGAGCUACAGCGCCAGAAGCAGAGUUCUGGAGCCAACUCCAACACAGGGUAACAUUCACAGUGGUGGCGGCGGCAACAACCCCUACAGGAAGGACGCUAUGGAUUAUUAUUCUUCAAUGGGUGGAAAGGACAGACACAGACGAGGAGGGAUGAGCUAUGGCGGAGGUUUUGGAUAUCCCAGUAUUGAUGGGCAUGUAUCCCACCAGUACCGGCAUCCUGGACCUAGUUCUGCCCCUUCUUCUGGCCUGAUGUCGCCUUAUCCAGUAGACUAUGGUUCAAGUGCUGGAUCAGGUGGAAGUGCAGGAGCUUUCUCUCCUUCUCACCAGUACAGUAUGAAUCAGAGCCCAUCGAUGCAACCAGGAGCUCAGAUGCCGCACCGCCAGCACGGGCAGAAUUUCCCUGCUGUCCACCACGGACAGCAACAUCGCAGCUAUCCACACUCCGGGCACAGGAUGACCCCGCAGUACCCACAGUACUCUCCACAGGGUGGAGCCUCCACAGGGUCGUCAGGAAUGUAUAGCCCUCCUCUUCAGCGGUAUCUGGAUGGAGCUGCUAACACUGGCUUUGAUCCCAAAGUCAACAGUUCUCCCAGUGUCAACUCCAGCCUAAACUCUGUGUCAAGUUCAGUUGCUGCUAACAAUGUGGGGCUAACGGAGACUGUUCCACAGAGUUACCACGCUUCAAACUAUCCAGGAUAUUCCCCACAGUCACUUCACAAGCAAGCCACGCUACAGCACCGCAACUCACAGCACAGUUUAGGUCCAGCUUACGAUACCCCUCUCAAAAUGCAGCACCAGGGUCCACCACCAAGCUCUGCUUAUGCAAAGCAUCAUCAAGCCUCUAAUGCCAGUAUAAGUCAACCACCAUCUCAAGAAAUAGCAAAAUCCCCAAUGAAUCCCAACGCACAGCAAACCCAGAUUAACCAAAACUUUAGCCCAAUUUCCAACCCAUCCCCAGCUGCUUCUGCAUUGCAUUCACCAAGCUGUAGCUCCUCUCCAUCCCCAUUGAUGGGGAUUUCAGACGCACACGGAAACCCCCCGGGUCUCGGCUCUUCCCAUCCUUCUUCAUCAAACCCUCGUAGCAGCCAUAGUCAAGGUAGACUACUGCAGACUAUGCCUCAGUUGAGCCCCACACCCAACUCAAAUAGCAGCAUCAGUAGUUCUGGUAGUAGUGGCAGCCAUAAAGCUCACAGCGUGAAUUCCGUCGGAGGGAGCAAUCUUCCUCCAACUGGUCGCAACAAAAUGAGUCAAGGCGCGGGGAUCGGAUCCCGCGAGGAGUACUCGGCUUCUGCGCUUGAUAAAAUGCAAGAUGCCGGUCUGAAUAGUCUUAAUGCCUUGAGCUCACAAGUAGCCAAUAUACCAAACACUGUUCAGCACAUGCUCCUCACUAACACAGUGCUCUCACAAAAGAAGAAAGAUGUGGGACAGAUGCAGCAGGCCACACACGCUGCUCCGCAGUCCCAACCGAGGAGUCGAAAUGAAAGUGUUGCCUCGAGUGCCAGCACAGUCAAAGAUGGAAGCGUAGCCGGGACCUCUGAUGGCGCCACUCUUGAUGUCGGUGUUGAUGAAGACUCUUCUUUAGCAUCAGGUGGAGCCUCAUCGGGGACCAAACUGGAACGAGAAGAGCAACUUUCUGAGGGAGAGCAUCAGAGAGUGAGGCAGAUGAGCGGUGCGAGCAGUGGAUCAGAGACUAUUUGCUAUAGUCAAACACAGACCGGACAGCCAUUAAAUAUUAAAUCCUCUGAUAUACCAUCAAGAGAAGCAUCUGCGGCAGAAACUAAAUUAAAUGAAGCUAACGUUCCAUCCCCAUCAUCAUCAUCUCCAUCCUUUAGAUGUCAGACUUCAGAAAACGCUCCAGCUCUGCAAUUGUCAACUACAGGGUCCUCAUCUCCAGCCUUCACUGUUUCCAGUAUUCCUCCUCCUCAAUCCAAUUGUGUCUUACAAACAGGUUUGACAUAUAAUGACAGCAGUGGUGGGGGGAUUAAAACUGAAAAUGAAACUACACAUGAGAAAACCCAGAAGGUCAGCAACCAAAUGCAGCAAGAUGCAGAAGUCAAUAUUCAAAGUGACCAGGACAAAGAAAAUAGAUUGCACUUCGCAUCCAAUGCACACAGUAAUAAGAAGAAGGACAAAUGCGCAUCAGAGGAGCAACAAAACACCAGCGGCGUCGGCGUGAUCGUCUCAGCUCGCUCUGAAGGAAGUCAUGCUGAAAAGAGUAAGCAUCACCAAGACAACUGCGUGGAGGAGAAACAGCCACACUCUUACUCAAGGGAGUCCAGUAGUCACAACGGGGAGGAAGGUGUAGACCUGAGUCUUUAUUCCUCCCACCACCUGAAAUCAAACUCUGGGAGAUCUCAAAACCCUCCCCAGUCUGCCCCACAUAAAUAUUCAUACCCCGAGUCCACAUAUGGCUCAGAUUUGUCCAUGAAGAGCAGAGUGAGGCCUGGACCUGCGGGUGGAAUGGAACCAAACCCCAGGUACUUGGGGUACCAACAGUCGCAGCCUGCUUACGGUCCCAUGCAUCCAAAAGAAUCCGGAUCUGUAGCCGAGGCUUUAGUGAAGAGGGGCCAAGGUGGCGGACCUAAAGGUCAGGAGGAAAAUUCCCAGAUGCAGCCAUUCCAAAGUCUUUUGCAAGAAGUUCUUCAAGGUUACAAUUUAGAUCGACGCUACGGUAGACCAGAGCAGGCAUUUCCUGCCCAUCACCAAAUCCAGCAGCAGUUUUCGAGCAGGCACCCGUUAGCCAUGACCGAGGGCACAAGAAUGCAAAGUGGAUUAUCUGAGAGUUCGGCUUAUUCUGCCCACAUGGACAGCUCAGGAAAGCCCCCAAAUCAGAGGCAUGGAAACGAGGCCAUAGAUCCUCCAUCUUCAGUCAAAACAGAAAUGUCCAAUGUUAAGGUUUCUCAAAACAUAGAAAAAACAGAGGCGGGUGUCUCCCAAAGUCAUCUAUUACAAGAGUCCCAGCACCCUCCUCCCAAACAUAUAAACUUAGCCGACUAUUCUCUGCCUCAUAAAAAAGUGUUAUCUAAUUUUCCCACUACCUCUUCUGCUGUGCAGGAGCUCCUUUUGCAAGAGCCAGAACCGAUAACCGGCCCCAUUGGUCAAAGCGAGGCUCAGAAAUCAUCAGGCUCCACAUUAGCCCCAUCAGAGAGGCGCUCUGUCAUAUGUGAUGUGUCGCCAAACAGACGCAGCACACCAGAGAGGGACAGGGAGGGUGGAAGGGAGAAAAGUCAGAGCGGAGCCUCUGUGAUUCAGCAGCAAUUUUCCUCUCCAGCAGCAGCCAAUGAUCUGAGUAAAAAGGAUCCUAAAGAGAAGCAAGUCGGGAAAAUAGAAACGGCAUCAAAAGAGGCUGGGAUGGAGGCUGUAAACGUACAAGCUGAGCAUCCUUCUAGCUGUGGAGGCAGCGAAACCGACGUGGAGUAUCCGUCCAAAUCGGCCCAUUCAUCGGCUGAAAUUGCUGCUGAUCCCUUCAGGCGAGGCAGUGUGGAUAUGAAUCCACUGGCUUCUCACUCUGCCAAUCCUUUGUCUUCGCCGCCAAGACAUCAGUCGUAUCUUCACGGCGUUGAUCUGUCAACCAGCAGCGGCAGGACUUUUCCUGGAUUCCGAUACGGUGACGCGAGAGAAGGCGGUAUGAGGUCACGUAACAAUCCGCACUUUCCCUCUCACCACCCAUACCAGCAUUUACCCCCUCAGCCUCAAGCCUCAAACAAGCUUCACAUGUAUCCACACCCCCGCGGCCUUCCUCAUCACCCGCAUGAAAUGAGUGACUGGGUCAAAGCCAUGAACAGACCUUCUAAAGAGAUGAUGAUCAUGCAGCCUGGCUCUUCUCCUGGAAGACACAAAGCGAGCCAGUCGGAGCAAAGACAGCGAGGAACCGACAUGCCCAGUGAGCAACUUGCAGCCAACACCUCGCUCCAUCAUCAAAGCGGCUACUAUGAUAUAAAAAUGUGGGAUUCAGCUCACAGCGGAGGAGACAGCACUCGAAUGAUGGAAGGGGACCCUUACUAUAGAAUACAGCCCUCCCCUUCACUUCCACCUCCAUCUUCUGCUCCCAGAGGUUCACACGGCCCUCCAAAAAUUCCUCAUAGCCAAAACGCAGCUGAACCUGAGGUCUCCAAGAGCGGUCCAGAGGAGGCCAAACAUCCCUGCCAGCCUCCUCUUCCAAGCUCCACAAAGCUUCGGACCGACACAAACACCACUCUCCCACAGCGUCUCACCAAAACUGGCGCUUCAGGAGACACAAACCCGCUAAUGCUAAGAAGGAGAGUUCGCUCCUUUAUCUCCCCAAUUCCUGCCAAAAGGCAACUCCAGGAUACAUCUCAGCAAAGAGCUGCCACCAACUUAAACCACUCCCCUGGUGUUCAACCAGAACCCAGCCACCACCACGACGACAACCCCUCCAGCUCAGACGUGUCCUGUCCCAGACUCUCCUCCCCUCUGGCAGGAGAGACCUCCUUUUCACAACCUCUGUCUCCAUCAAGUGGUCACACAAAGGCGAUACCUUCCAGAAAAGGAAGAGGGUUGAAGCUGGAGGCAAUAGUGCAGAAGAUCACCCCAAAUAUUAAAAAAACAGUAGGACAUGCGGAAGAUGAGUCCAAUCAUUACCCGGGCUUUUCACAAUCAGAAAUACCGGCAUUCAGCGACUCCCAGGAGCCAGACUUGGGACAGUUCUCCAGGGCUGCAGGGGGGGAUGAUAGUUACAUGGAAGAAAGUCACUCGCUGAAUGAAAUGAUUCCUUUUCGAGGAGUCGAUGACACUUUACCUCCACCUUCCUUCCCCUGUGAACCCCAUCAGACACCUCAAGUCAUCAAACCAGAUUUUGAUUUUGGAUUGGGAGCUGCAGUUGCUUCAGCGUCUGGCGAUAAGGAAGACUUCACUUUGCUCGGACCAUUGCCCCCUCCUCCCCCGCUUCCCCGCCCUGUCCAGGGUUCGCCCCCUCCCUCCUCAUCCGCCCUGUCCGAUAUUCAGCAUUUCACCAACACUUAUCAGCAGCUGGAGACACGCAGAGGGGAGCAGUCCGCUGCCAAUCUUCUCCGGCAGAAACUUCAAGAAACUGGCAUGGGAUUUGACGAUUACCCUGGCAGUGACUACUACGGGACCACCCCUCCCCACCAAGGACACAUGCUGAACAGGCAUCAGAUGUCUUCGCAAAGAUCCAGUCUGUCACCACAAGACUCGAAGCCUCUGGACAAUGUUGUGCCUAAAGGCUAUUUUCCUUCUGGAAAGAAAAAGGGCCGGCCCGUGGGGAGUGUGAAUAAACAAAAACGGGCUCAGAACCAAGUUCAAACACAAGCUCCGGCUCAAGUCCAGAUACAGAACACCACUCCGAGCGCUCCUCAAACUCCACCCGUGUCCACUCCAGCUGCUGCCGCACUCCCAGCAGCAGUAGCAGCAGCAGCACAGCCUGCCAGCAGCAGCAGCAGCAGCAGCAGCGCCACCCCCACAGCACCAGCUCUGCCAGAGCGUAAAAGCACUCCACCGCCAGACCCGCCCGUUCUAACCCAGGUGGUGAAAGCAGAUGUGGAGAGCGAGGACACGCAGCCAGAAGCCGAAGUGAAAGCUGCGCGGCGCAGACGCAGAGGAGUGAAAGACGAGCCCUCGGAAGCGAGGGGCCGACAGAGGAGGAGGAGGAGAGUGGCUGUCCCUCCUACGCCAUCAGUGGCCAAAGAUGAGCCGGAUGAAGCUGUGGGGGGCGGAGGAAUUCGAGUUUUCCUGGAUCCUAACAGAAGAGGCCCGUUUAUCCCACACAUACACGUGGAGAAAAAAGUGCCAGAGAUCGGGGCAGUGUGCACCAUUGUUAACGCAGAGGAGGACAAAAUGAAAGGAGAGCGUAGUGCAGUCGGAGGGAAAGCCAGCGGGAGCGGAAUAGAUUCCCUCCUGACCUCAGCGCUUUCCUCUCAGGUAUCCAGGCGAGACAGAGAAGUGGAGAAAAGAGACUCAGACGAGGUGGAAACAACGCUCCAAACGGGCAAAGCGCUUCCCUCCUCUGGUUAUGUCGUUUCAGGCCCAGUGAUUACAGAGAGUAACCACUCGGGCCGCCUGCUCUGCUGCCUGUGUCAAAAAUGGGCAAAUUAUAAGCACCUCGGAGAUCUCUACGGGCCGUACUAUCCAGCUGAAUAUGCCGCAAAGCUUCCCAAGAACCAGCCCCAGAUCAGACAGGGUCAGGCUAGCACAGGCAGAACUGGACCAAAUUCAGACACGAGCUCCAACGCUUCCAGCACAAACCAAGACACCAAACCACACGGUGCUGACGCCAACAGCCUAGAUUUAAACCUGACUCCUGCAGUGAGGACGGCCUCCCCAGCUGGAACAGAGGAGCUGAUGUUCAUGGCCAACAAGCUUUUUAACGCCACUUCCUCCUCCUCGUCGUCCUCCUCCUCUUCCACUGUUAAAACGUCUCUGACCUGGGAUGCAAAUGUGGACAGCAGACCCAUCCCUGAGCUCAAAAGAGAGCCAGACAUCGAGAGUGAGCUGCAGCAGUCACAGAAACCGCCCGCAGAGGAAGCUCAGCAGCGCGCUCAACACAGAAAGCUGACCUCCCAUCCUCGCUUCAAAAGAAGACACAAGUCCCGGGAAGACUCCCCCAGGAUGGUGCCCUCCAACAGCAAGGCCUCCCUGCCCUUUCAGCCCCCUCCGCCCGCCUUGGACUCCCUGGGACCCUUGGCACAACUCGCUCAGCUGCCCCAGAUGCCCCUGGAUCCAGAGGAGCUGUGGGUGCAUGAAGGAUGUAUAGUGUGGACCAGUGGAGUGUACCUCGUCAACGGCCGGCUGUACGGCCUCCAGGAGGCACUAGAUGGCGCCAGAGAAACAAGCUGCUCGUACUGUGAGAUGCUCGGCUCGACCUUGGGCUGCUACAGCAAAGGCUGCACACUACGCUAUCACUACCUUUGUGCCAUUGAAGCAGAUUGUGCUCUGAAUGAGGAUAAUUUCUCUUUGAGGUGUCCGAAGCACAAGGUAAAGAAGGAGAGUCUACCCAAAGCCUCCGGCCAGCCAAGGCCGUGGAGCAGUCAGAGAGAGGCUGAGGGAGCCGGAGAGACAGAAGAGACACUUGAACCUGGGAUCUGUUACUUUGGACAGUAGGAGUCUGGGAAGCAGGAGAUCAACUAAAGGGAAUGUACAAUUUCUUUACCGGAAUCAGCAUUAUUUACAUCCAAGACAACGGAGAACAGAUUGUUUUUUUUUUAAAAACGAAAUCAUUGAUCUUUAGUUAAAAAAAAUAAAGAACAAAAACACAGAGGAACAAGAAAGAGACUUUGAUCAAAGUGGGAUGGAAUGAGACAUCAAGACCAACAAAGGAAUUAAAGGAACUUUGAUACCAAGAACAAAAGAAGCAGACCUUCUCUCUAGGCUUAUUUUCAUUUCUCAGACACCCUUUAGAGUUUUCGCCUCUUGUUUAACAUCAUCUUCAUUAUCGUUUCAUUUGUUUGCUUUGAAGAAGUGAACUGGGAGAAAGUUGGGUGUCCAGUUAUUACUUUAAUCCCUAUUAUCAUUUUGUAUCCUCAUUAGUAUUUACUCAUAUCAAAGGAAACAGAUGUAUCUCACAUUGUAUUUAGUAUUUACAGUUUUUUUUUUGCAUUCCUAGAGAAGGAGAAGUGUUGUCUGGAAUGUCAGGGUCAAGUUUACCACAAAGACAUUAUUGCCUUGGAGAAUGGACAUCUGUUGCCUUUAAAAAAAAAAAAAAAGAAAAAAUCCUGUAUGAGUGAAAAGGAGCGUGUGAGGACAAAAACAUGUCUGAGUCUUUGAUUCCAUUUUGGUCCUUUUGAAAAGUGUUCUUAUUUUUCAUCGCUGGGGUUUUUACGGUACAGAUAGUAUUCAUGAAAAAUUAGAUGAAAGGUCUUAUUUUUCAAAAACAAAAUGUUACAAGAGAUGGAGAGACACUCGGAGCAGAAAAAGGCAAAACCGUGGACGAGCGUUUGCCACCUUUAUCAAGCGGACAGAAGAAAGCUGGAGGAAAAUGAAAAACUUUCUUCUGCGUGAAACUUUGUAUGGGACUUACUUUUGACUGACACGAGACAUGGAUGGAUCCCUUUUGGAGCUGAAGCUCGAAGGAGGAGCGAGCGUCACACCUGUGACCGCGCCAGCUUUCCUGGUCGGUGCAAACCGGGCCAAACCAAGGACUUUUGAAUGGUUUGAAUGUUCGGUCACACAGCAGCCGUUCAAACACGAGGCGCUAAAUCCAUUCAAACCAAGCAUUGCCAUCUGAUUUAAAAGUGAGUCAUACAUGGUGUCGUCUUUCUCAUUUUUUAUUGUUAUUCUUGUAAAAAAAAAAGAAAAAAAGGUCAAAGAAAACAGUUACACUAUCAAAAACAUGCUGUAUUACAAACCUGUCAAUAUGUAUAUGAAUUAUGAAUACACUUAAAAAUGCUUCAAGUA